UUCAACUUGCCAAUAAUAAUAAAGCAGUUUCCGCUUGCGUGUAACCAGUAACUAGAGCAGGUUCCUCUGCCUAACGUUACCUAUGGUCGUACACCUGUCGGUGCAUGUGUGCAGGAGUGAAGCAGGACCACCUUAGCUAUAGUCAUUGAGCAGAUUCUGCUUGUCUGUAGUGAUAAACCAGGGUCUGGUCGCCUCUGUUCCGUGUGCUGCUCUGAAGGGCAGCGCUGAAGAGAAGAGGCACGGAGCUGCACGCUAGGGCUGUCAAGCUUUUAAUGUCAGCUUCUUCGGUAUAGCCAGCUGCUCUUUUAUUUAUUUUCAGCCCCAGCAGAGCUGAACAAUGAGGCUAAAAGUUGGAUUUAUACUUCGGAGUUUGCUGGUAAUCGGUACGUUUUUGGGGCUGGUUUUGCUUUGGUCCUCUCUAUCUCCAAAACCAGGCGACGACAACCCGUUUGCAAAACUGGAAGGAAGAGAUGCACCAAUUGCUGUGGCCAAACUUCGCAACGACGUAGCAGAACAGUUCAAGCCUGUUGUUCCCUGGCCUCAUGUGGAAGGUGUUGAGGUGGACCUGGAUUCCAUCCGGCAGAGGAACGGUGGAGACAAGCUGAACCCGAAGUUCAGGAACCAGGACCAAAAGAACAUCAUUCAAAAGCAGUAUGUCACUUUCAGACCCCAGAGUAAUGUGUACUCGGACCCUGUGCUGCGAAGGGGGAGCCUGGGCAAUUUUGAGCCCAAAGAGCCAGAACCACCAGGGGUUCCUGGAGGUCCAGGGGAGGGCAGCAAGCCUUUUGUGCUGGGAGCAGAUUACAAGGAUGCAGUCCAGGCCAGCAUCAAGGAGUUUGGCUUCAACAUGGUGGCCAGCGACAUGAUCUCACUAGACAGGACCAUCAGUGAUUUGCGUCAUGAAGAGUGUAAGUAUUGGCACUAUGAUGAGAACUUGCUGACCUCCAGUGUGAUCAUCGUGUUCCAUAAUGAGGGCUGGUCCACCUUGAUGAGGACUGUGCAUAGUGUCAUUAAGAGGACACCUCGCAAAUACCUGGCAGAGAUAGUCAUGAUUGAUGACUUCAGCAAUAAAGUUCACCUAAAAGAGAGAUUAGAGGACUACAUAAGGCAGUGGAACGGCCUGGUCAAAGUGUUUCGCAAUGAAAAAAGAGAAGGACUGAUCCAGGCCAGAAGUAUAGGGGCCCGAAAAGCCACUCUAGGACAGGUGUUGAUCUAUCUGGAUGCUCAUUGUGAAGUAGGGGUGAACUGGUACGCCCCGUUGGUGGCCCCCAUAUCUAAAGACCGAACGGUGUGCACGGUGCCUCUCAUUGACUCCAUCAAUGGCCAGACUUACUCCAUAGAGCCCCAGGGCGGGGGGGACGAGGAUGGCUUUGCGAGAGGAGCAUGGGACUGGAGCAUGCUCUGGAAGCGUGUGCCGCUCAAUAGCAGGGAGAAGCAGCUGAGAUUAACUAAAACUGAGCCCUAUCGGUCUCCUGCAAUGGCUGGUGGGCUGUUUGCAAUAGAGAGAGAUUUCUUCUUUGAGCUGGGCCUCUAUGACCCUGGCCUGCAGAUCUGGGGAGGAGAGAAUUUUGAGAUCUCUUAUAAGAUAUGGCAAUGUGGAGGACAGCUGCUGUUCAUUCCCUGCUCCCGUGUGGGACACAUCUACCGUCUGUCUGGAUGGCAGGGAAAUCCACCCCCUGCACAUGUGGGCUCCUCCCCCACUCUUAAGAACUAUGUGCGUGUGGUGGAGGUUUGGUGGGACGAGUACAAGGACUAUUUCUACGCCACCCGUCCCGAAACGCUCACUCUGGCUUAUGGAGACAUCAGCACUCUGAAAAAGUUCAGAGAAGAACACCGCUGCAAGAGCUUCAAAUGGUUCAUGGAGGAGAUCGCUUAUGACAUCCCCAUUCACUACCCACUGCCACCUAAGAACAUGGAGUGGGGAGAGAUCCGUGGAUAUGAGACCAGUUACUGUAUAGACAGCAUGGGUCACACUAACGGUGGCAAUGUGGAGAUAGGUCCAUGCCACAGGAUGGGAGGGAAUCAGCUGUUCAGAAUAAAUGAAGCAAAUCAGCUGAUGCAGUAUGACCAGUGCCUGACAAAGGGAUCGGAUGGCUCCGCUGUCAUCAUCACGCACUGCAGUAUGAAUGAACACACUGAGUGGAGGUACUUUAAGGAUCUACAUCGGUUUACACAUAUACCUACAGGGAAAUGCCUAGACCGGUCAGAUGUCUUGCACAAGGUUUUCAUCUCUGACUGUGACAACAGCAAGAGCACUCAGAAAUGGGAAAUGAACAACAUCAUGGCAGUCUGAAUCCAAGACUAAGGACGCAUUUAAAGGACAAAAAAAUCUCCAGUGUUUACAGCGCCGGGUAUUAACAGUGUAAAUACAUCUGAUGGAGAUCUUUUGCAUUGUCAGUCAUCUCCAGUAAUGACUCGGAGCUCAUAUCAUGAACUCAGCUAUUUUAUUUUAUUUUAUUUUUUGGGGGUCCAUCACAGAUUAUGUUUACAAGUGUUCUUCCCAGUCUUCAUGCUGCUAUAGGCUUUGCUUCGGGGUUUCGUUUGAGGGUUUUUCUAACUGCAGCAAAUGUGCAAAGAUGAAUAUUGUAAUACCACUGUUUUAACUCAUCGCUGCUCCAUUCUAAAGCUUUUAGCCUUCUUUACUUUUAAGACAUAAGGAUUGUUCACCACUUAAUGAAAACCUUUUUUUAAUACUACACUGGAUAUCCAUUAUGUUUGAGAGGACUUGCCGCUCAAAUAUUCGGGUCUUUGGCACGGUGAAACUUUAAAUCUGAAAACUGCAUUUUUUCAUGGAGUGUGAGAAAUCACUGGGGACAAAUUACAGGCAAACAUUACAGGCGAAGGGUAAACAAAAAAAUGAGGGUCUGUAUUUAUUUUUUCUAUUGCAUUGAUGUCUGCUUGGUAAUGGGAAUGUUUACUUAUGUAUGUGAAAACUGAUGAUUUUAAACCUAAUGAGAAUCACUGGACAAGUAUUGUCAAUGGCCAAAUAUCCAAUGAAGAGAAGAAAAGGUAUGUCUUGUGGGCAAAAAAUAACUGCAGCGUAUGCUAUUUUUUUGUACAAUGUAAAUAUGAUCAUUUCUAAAUUAACAUUUUGAGAUACAGUGAGCCUCCUUAUGAAGGUGUAAAUAUUUAACUUAUAAAAAAGUUAUAUUGGCACUGUUUUCUCAAGAGAAUAAAUGAAACCUUUCUACCAGUUUACAGCUGUUGUAAA